AUCUGCAUAUAAGAUCUUGAUGCCAAGCUUAAAGUUGCUUGUCAUGUAAUAAAUUGAAAUUCUGGACCGAUUGAUUUGUCCCUACAACCAUAAAUUCACAUGUACAUCACAAUUUGUAUCUACGUAUUUCCAUCCAUUCAAUUCGUAAGAUUAUUGUUUAUGCUGAAUUACUGUCCACGUCCUCUAACAAGCUGUAAGUAUACAUUUGGACUAAUAAAGCGAUCAAACAUUGAGCUAUUUGAUAGCAUAAUUGUUAAUAACAAUUUGUUGUUGACCUCAAUCGCGUGGGAGUGGUACACCAAUUGUAAAAUCGGUGGUACAAACUAUAACCCUGUGACUUUGAUAAAACUCGAUGACAUUUCUGAUCAUGGAUGUUUGUGUACGUCGCAGUAUAGCAAUGAGAUCAUCAUGUUGUUUGAGCAAUUUCGAAAAAUUAUUUACUUUGCAAAACAUGCCAUUAGUCCACGGGUCGAACAAAUAAUCGGUCAAAUUUGUAAUAUAAAUUUCCUGGAAAAUUAUACUCCUCACAUGAGUGGCUUCCUCGUUGAGUUUUUCUUUGAAUCAUAUCACAUUCAUCAUGAAUUUGGUAUUUGCUGGAUUCGAAAUUGCUGACUGAUAAAAUACAGGGUUCUCGUCCGCACAAUAACUUAAGCAGCGCUUACAUUUACGUUAAUUGUGCUUCCUACAUUCAUAUAAAUAUGCAUUUGAACGACUCCUUGCUAUACCUAAAAUAUGAAUGGCUGAAUGUCGAAGUUGCUGUUUCACAAAAAUAUAAAAGCACGACAGUGAUUCGAAUAAAUCAACAGUCUGAUCUUUAGUCUGGAGAAAAAUUCAUACACAAAGUAAAACUCCAACUUGUAUACUAACCAUUUUCAAAUAUUCCAAAAAUGGGUCAUGCCAGAUUAUGGAAAUCUGUGGCAAAGUAUGUGACCCUUUGUCAGAAUUUGUCCAACUUUCCCCUCAUGUUUACCGAUAAUAAAGACGAUCGAGUAACUUUUAUUACGGGAUUCCGUCGACUCAAGUUCUUUUGGAUGUCAAUGUUGCUCUUUUCCUUCUCGAAUUUCUGUGGCAUCGUGGUCAUUGGAGGGAGGUGGCAGCAUUUGGGAUUAUUUGAUGACAUGGCCUUGUGGAAAAUCUUAAUCGCUGCAGGAUUCACUGCCCUGGGUUUGUUUAUCGUGGCCAUUAAUCUGGCAUUUUACGCUUACUGUGCUACUCUGUCCGAAGUCUUCGACCACUGUUUACAACUCGAAAGACAGUUGAAUCGAUUGCUAAAUAGAAGGUCAUCAAAGAAACAAAAUGUGUUUCCACUGUUGUUAGAGUGCAUUGCAUACUUGGGGAUAUUUGUUCCGUUAUUUGGGUCCGCAUUCGUAAUUUUAAUCCAAGCAGAUCCCGUUGGUGCACUUUGCCAUGGACUUUUUCCGGAAAUAUUUAACAAUACAAAAUUAAGCCGAGCCUUACUACUCUUUAGAUAUUGCACAUGUUACAUCUCUACCAGGGAGACGUAUCGAGGUCUAUGGAUGGUUAUAUUUUGGGCGGAAACUAUGGGGCAGUGGUUGCUACAGUUUGCAGAACAUAUUGGUCAACUAAAAAAUCCUCAAAUGUUUUUCGAGCUUUAUAUCAAGUACAUAUUAAUCUACACGUUUCUCUCGCCAAUUGCAGAAAUCGCAUUGCUCGGUGGAAUGAGCGCAGCUUUUAUAAUUGGCAUCAGCGGAAAUUUUGCUGCUUUAAAGCUUUAUUAUCACGUAUCAUUUGUUUUAUAUGUUAAUAUGGUAAUUAUCGCAAUUGUAAUCCCAGCUUUGAUGAAUUUUACGAUUCCUCUCAUCAUUCGAACCCACGAGACGACUUGCGAUGUGUUGAAAGACAAAUAUUUAAAGUACAGCUAUUUUAGACGAAGGAAUCCAUCUUUAAUGAAACAGGUGAAAUCGCUCCGACCUCUGACACCCUGUGCUGGGAUAUCAAACUACAGGCUAUACAGGAUGGACAAGUCAACAAUGACUGUUUAUGGAAGGGCAUAUAUUGACUACACCAUUAAUGCUUUGAUGAAUGUUCACGUCUAGGGGUACAAUAAAAUAAGCGUCGCAAAAGUAGGGCGACUUUUUUUUAUUAUCA